GAAGACGUUUGAAUUAAUAUUUUUACACAAUUAUACAAGUAAUUUUUUACAAACAUAUUUUUAUUAUUAAUAAUUUAAUGUUCAUUCAUUUUUAUCAAUGAACAAAAAGAAAGUAAGAGAUGUGGACAUUUUUCAACGAACACUAUGUUGCAAUCCCAUACGUGAGAAAGAGAACGAGAUUGAGAUUUUUGAAUCCGAAGUGACAGAAUUUGAAGAAGAAGCGGAAGAAUUAAUUGUAUCAGAAGAUGAAAAACUUGACAUUAAACAGCUAAUGGAAGAUUUGGAUUGCAUGAAACGACGUAUUCAAUUGAUACAACUGCGUCUUAAACUACCAACAGACGAAUGUCCCGAAGAAGAAUGUCUUGAUUAUGAAGUAUUACUUAAUUGCUCCAAAAAUAAGGAAAUAUGUACAUUGCAAAAAACUCAACACAUGUUGCAGCAUCAAAUCAAGGAACUAGUCAAAUGCAACAAGAUUGCUAAAGAGCAAAUAAAAGUUUUGCAGCUAAAUAUGUGUGAGAAAAACAACGAAAUAUUAGAAUUGAGAGAAUUGGUUAAAACUUUGAUGGAGUGGAAAAAUACAUUGGAUCACGAGUUUGGUAAAUGUCUUGAACGUUUUGAGUAUUUAAAACAUGUUAAAGCUGAAUGGCGGGAUGUAAAUGAGAAAAUCGAGGAGCAAAAUAAAUACUUAAGCACUUUUAAGGAAUCUUUUGUUACUAAAGCAUGUUUCCUGCAAGAAAAGAAAUCGUUCAUUGACGCCAUUAAUGAAAUCAAAGAAAUGUUAAAAGAACUUUUUCAAUAUCAAUUUGAGCGUUUUGCUAGUCUAGAGCAGCGUUUACAAAAAGGAGAUUAAAACUCUCUGGAGGCCAAUGAUUUAUGAAAAUGAAUUGAAGUGAAACUUUUUAUUUUAAAACGAAUUCAUUGAAUUUUUUUCGGAUUUUAUUUUUGUUCUAAUUAACUUUUGAAUUAAAUUUGUUAAGUAUUUUUUUACAUUUGGUAGAUAUUUUACUUUUUUGUUUUUUUUUCUUUCAUUUAUACAUUUAUUGCAGGCCAUAAUAAUUAAAAUCUUUUAAGUACUUUAUCCAGUGGAGUACAGAACUUGGUUUUUGGUUGCUUUGGUCGCAAAUAAAAUCUUUUAGCUUCUCAAGAGUGGGUAUUUUUUUCUUUUAUUAUUUUAUUAUUAUAGCCUCAUAAGGUUCACUUUGAGUAUUUGCCGUUUAUAU